AGGUUAAUAUAUACUGUGGGCUCUUUUUUCAAGAUGGCGGACUUUAUUGGGCGUGCUGCACUGCACAGUGGCUAUCACCAUAAAGUAACAAGGAAAUGGCAGUCUACGGACACUACCAUCACUCCAUAUAACCUCAUAUAUCCUCUAUUCAUAUCAGAUAAUGCUGAUGAUCUAGAAGAAAUAACUAGCCUUCCAGGACAGUUCAGGAUUGGAGUGAAUAACUUGGAGAAAGUAGUCAAUCCUCUUGUCAAGAAAGGCCUAACGAGUGUUAUACUGUUUGGAGUUAUUUCCAGACUAGAAAAGGAUUCAAGGGGUACAAAUGCUGAUUCUGAUGUGUGUCCAACCAUUCUUGGGAUUAAGAAGUUGAGGAGUUUGUUCCCUGAUCUUCUUGUCAUAUGCGAUGUGUGCAUUUGUCCUUUUACUGACCAUGGACACUGUGGUAUACUGAAUGCUGAUGGCACAAUUAACAAUGAGCCUAGCAUUCAAAGACUUGCAGAAGUAGCCCUGGCCUAUGCAAAAGCUGGAUGUCAUGUGGUUGCACCAUCAGAUAUGAUGGAUAACAGAGUAUCAGCCAUCAAGAGAAUCCUGAAGAAAAAUGGGUUUGGUGGUAAGGUGUCCUUGCUAAGCUACAGUGCUAAAUUUGCCUCAAAGUUUUAUGGCCCAUUCAGGGAUGCAGCCAAGAGUGCACCAAUGUUUGGUGAUCGUCAAUGCUAUCAGUUACCUCCAGGAGCCAAGGGUCUUGCUAUGAGAGCCGUGGAGCGUGACRUACAGGAGGGAGCAGACAUGUUAAUGGUCAAACCAGGAAUGGCAUACCUGGACAUAGUUAGGCAGACUAAAGACAAGUUCCCAGAGUUGCCAUUAGCAAUAUACCAAGUAUCAGGUGAAUAUGCCAUGUUGUAUCAUGGUAGUAAAGCUGGUGCUUUUGUUCUGAAGGAUAUUGUCUUGGAGUCCUUAGUGUCCAUGAGGAGAGCUGGUGCAGACAUCGUCAUCACUUAUUUUGUUCCACAACUCCUUGACUGGAUCAAAGAAUAAAGAGAGAGAACUAUAUAACAAUUAUUUGCCAUAGUUAAAGGCAAAGUGAAUAUGGGUGAAUAUUUACCAAGCAGUGAGUCUUAGAGUGUCAAGGUUAAUAUUCACCACGAUCACUGAGCCUGAGGGGAAUAAUUGUUUAGUAUAAUAUUAGACUUAAAUACCAGAUAAAAGAUGAAUUUCAUAAUAAAAAAACGUUUUAGUAUUA